CACAAGGGGCAAUGGCAGGAGCAAGUCUGGGUGCUUUUGGCACCGUGAAGGUGAUCCUGAGGAGUGCAGCAGCAGGAUUUGCCUUUGGAGAAAUUGCAUUAGUUGCAGUUGAGCCUACCCUGACUGGAGACAGUGCACUGCUGGCUGUGGCAGCCCUCGCUGCUGAGAAAGUGGGCUCCACGGGAGUCGGGGUGGUGACGGCAUGCCUUGUCUUCACGGCAGUGCUCCUAUCCCUGGGGACUGGCUUCCUUCUUGCUGCCAUGCAAAUGAAGUUGAUGACCACGCUUGGAGACGAGAGCUUGUGGUUAGCAGAGGCCACAGCAGGAGCUUCCAUUGUUGUGGGUGCUGUCGCAACUGGAACAAUAGGGGGCACCAUUCCACCAUGGUUGUACAUCAUGGCACAGUGCAUUAUGGUCCUUGUAGUGUAUUCAUAUUCCAAUAUAAAUGAGAUGACCACAACUUUGUUAAUCAUCUUCACCACUCUCUACGUCAGUGUUGUGUAUGGACAGAUGGGCAUCAUAACUGGACUGUUCACCAUGGGACUGACCAUUUCUUUCCUCUGUGCUGCUUGGAAAGCCCUGUCAGAGAGGGUGACACAAAAACCCAAAGCUAACAACAGCACCCGCCUGCUGCUCUACUCUGUUGUUGUGGCAAUGCUGGGAUUUCCAAUAGGUCUGGGGGCUGCUCAAGAAGGGGGGUCAGAGGCAGAGGCUGCUUCCAUGCUGAAGUCAGUCCUCUGGGUGGGGUGUCAGUCUGCAGGGCUGUUAGGGGCUGGCCUGGGAACAGUGGCUACAGUCGGGUUGGGGCCAGAGGGCGCUGGGAGGGUGGCUGCAGUGGCUGCUGUAGCAUCAUCAGUUGCCCUGAGAGCCAUUUUCCCAGUGGGCUCUGCUCUAGGGGCCCGGGGUAGUGUGGGAGGAAUGUUAGGGGUGGCGGCAACUGCAGGGGUCUCACUUGGGGCUGCAAACGUCGCAAUCAAAGCCGAGUUCAGGUCACGAAAUGUCAUUUUAGCAGCUGUAUGUUCAGUUGCUUUUGGUGCGAUUCUGGCCACAAGUGGCCUGGCGCUGAAAACAACUCCACUGACAGCAACGGAACUUAUAAUGGUCACCCUUGUUGCAGCAGCAGGAUUUAUUAUGGGUGCACCAAGGAGCCCUUUCCACACUAAGGUGAAUCUACGAGGGGGCCUUCUCACGGGGCCAAACUUAAUUAGAGGAAUCGGCAUGGAGACGGUCACCGCAGCAGCAGCACCUCUUGGAGCCGGGGCACUGGGGGCUGCAGCGCUGGGUACUGCAGCUCUGGGGAGGCUGGGGACUGUGGGAGUUCUGGUGGCUAUAGUGUUGGCCUUAGGAAAGACUCUGAGCGGCAUGGUAGGAAAAUCACAACCAACGACUAAGUGAACACAGAGGCUGAGGGAAAGCUGAGCUGAGAUCUUCCACUGACACAGGCCAGCAGCAUGCCUAAAAGUGCCAGGCAUUUCCUGAGCUAAAGAAUAGAGAUUAUGUUUAUGCACGUGUGUGUGUGUGUGUGUGUGUGUGUGUGUGUGUGUGUGUGUGCGUGCGUGCGUGCGUGCGUGUGUGUGCAUGCAGGCUUGCGUCUCUGCAUGUGUUUCCUUGUAUACCUCUGAGUUUACACUGCCUGAAAAAAAAAUCUGAAUGUGAGCUGUAAUGUAACAAAACAAUUUGUCAGGCAUCUGUGAUGCCCUCUUUCAAAUCUUCUGAUUUUCAUUUGUGAAUCAUUUGGUUUACUUGCUCUGCCAAUAAUCAUGUUAUCAGCAUGCUUGACAUGGUGUGAACAUGGCUGAGUAAAGGGGAUGAAAACAUGAAACAAGGCUGUGUUUUGUGUGUUUGUGCACUUAAAUACGGAUACCUAAUUAUUCCCAGGGGGGGGUAUACUGUUGAAGAGAAUUAUAAGACUGAUUACAAAUACAGUUGCUGCAAAGGACAAGUUUGUAAAAUAAAUGAUAAA